AUGUACUCCAUAAAUGCCUUUUUGUAUGGAAACAGAUUCAGUAAUUAUAAUGGUGGCGAACGUAAAAUAGCAUUUUCUGGUCAUGAUUAUGUUCCAUAUUCACUCAGUGUUGGAUUUAUUGAUGGUUAUGUUAUAUGGUCUGAUUUUACUAAUCAUUCAUUAAUUCGUGCUGAUGCAUUAAAUGGUUCAAAUAAACAUGUACUUCUACCGAAUACAAUCAAUGAAGUUGUAACUCUUACUAUUAUUCAUCCAUCAUUACAACCACAAGUUUCAAAUCCAUGUGGAAUAAAUAAUGGUGGUUGUUCACAUUUAUGUUUAUUAUCAACAAAUCAAACAUAUACAUGUGCAUGUCCUGAACAUUUUUCAUUGAUUAAUAAUGGAAAUAAUCGAACAUGUGUAUCAAAUUGUAGUUGUAAUCAACAUCGUUGUGGUCCACCAAAUGAACGAUGUAUACCAUGGUCAGCAAAAUGUAAUGGAGUUAAUGAUUGUGAAGAUGGAUCUGAUGAGCCAAGUACAUGUCCAAAUCGACAAUGUACACCAACACAAUUUCAAUGUCGAAAUCAAAAUUGUACACCAAUUUCAUAUGUUUGUGAUGGCAUGAAUGAUUGUGGUGAUAAUUCAGAUGAAGAAAAUUGUGAAUGUCGUUGUAUGCCAGGAAGAUUUCGUUGUAAUUCGGGUUCAUGUUUACCAAUGAGAUAUCGUUGUGAUGGUUAUCGACAAUGUUCUGAUGGUAGUGAUGAAUUAAAUUGUGGUAAUCGUACAUGUACUCAUUAUCAAUUUACAUGUACUAAUGGUCGAUGUAUACCAGCAUCAUAUGAAUGUGAUUUAGAUAAUGAUUGUGGUGAUAAUAGUGAUGAAAAUGCAUAUUUUUGUCGUAAUCGACCUUGUCGUGAUGAUCAAGUUCGUUGUCCAAAUUCAUAUAAAUGUAUUUCACAAAUAGCACGUUGUAAUGGAUUUAAUGAUUGUGGUGAUAAUAGUGAUGAAAAUCCAAAUCAAUGUCCACCAUGUAAUGAUGCAAAUCAUUUUCGAUGUAAUAAUGGACAAUGUAUUCCGAGAAGUUUUCAAUGUAAUCAUCGAAAUGAUUGUCGUGAUGGAUCAGAUGAAAAUCCAGCAACAUGCGUUUAUCGUCAAUGUAGUGAAGAUGAAUUUCGAUGUUCGAAUGGUCGAUGUAUUCCACAACGCUGGGUAUGUGAUCAUGAUUACGAUUGUGGUGGAGAUGAUACAUCGGAUGAAGCUGUUGAUUGUGCUUCUCGAUCAUGUCCGGAUGGAUACUUUAGAUGUGCAUCAGGUCAUUGUAUAAGUAAUACAAGUCGUUGUGACGGUUAUCCUCAAUGUCGGGAUGUUUCUGAUGAAGCCGGCUGUCCACCACGUUUUCCUAAUGGUCAAUAUUGCCCAAUAGAUCGUUUUACUUGUAACAAUACUCUUUGUAUUAAUAAGAACUGGGUUUGUGAUGGAGAUAAUGAUUGCCAUGAUAAUAGAUGUACCAAUGGUCGAUGUAUCUAUCGAUGGCGUGUAUGUGAUCAUACAGAUAAUUGUGGUGAUGGUAGUGAUGAAGAUAUUCAUGGUGUAUGUCAACCAAAUCGACCAGUAACAUGUCCAGAAUUUCAUUGUACUCAUACAAAUCUUUGUAUACGAUAUUCAGAUUUAUGUGAUGAAAUUGAUGAUUGUGGUGAUGAAUCAGAUGAAUUAUCAUGUCAUCAUAAUACAACAAUAACAUGUGCUAAUCAAACAAAUCAUUGUGAUCAACGAUGUCAUGAUUUACCAAAUGGACAAGGAAUUGUUUGUUCAUGUAAUACAGGUUAUAAAUUUAAUAAAGAAUCAUUUAAAUGUGAAGAUAUAAAUGAAUGUGAAAAAGUUACAUUAAAUUAUUGUUCACAAAUAUGUGUCAAUACUAAAGGUGGUUUUCGAUGUGAAUGUGCUGCUGGUUUUCAACCAAGUGGAGUUAAUAGAUCAGAUUGUCAUCCAACAGAUCCAACAAUUGAUCUUCUAAUAUCUGAACCUGAUGAAAUUCGUCGUCUUCGUCGAAAUCCGAUAGAAAAUGCAUCACAUUAUGGUAUACUUAUUGAAGAUCAACAUGAUGCUAGUUUUAUUUCUAUUGAUACAAAUAAUCGUAUCUUCUACUGGAUGGAUGAAUCUACAUCAGAAAUUUAUCGUGGACAUCUUACACCAAAUUCAAUAUCAACAGCAUAUCCUCAAGCACUUCUACACGAAGAUACAAAUCAUUUAAUUAUUCCAAGUAGUAUUACUAUUGAUUGGAUAGGUCAAAAUCUUUAUGUUACUGAUCUUAUUCAUGGUUGUAUAUGGCUUUUAAAAAAUGAUGGACGUUAUGCAACUAAAUUAAUAACAAAUAUUGAAUCACCAUGGGUUGUUACUGUUAAUCCAAUACUUGGAAUACUUUAUUUUAUUAAUUAUGAACAUGGACCUAUGAAUAAUUCUGAAGAUCGUAUUAUUGCUAUUGAAUCAGCUUAUAUGAAUGGGGAAAAUCGUACAAUAUUAAUUGAUACCGAUAUAGUAUAUCCAACGGAUUUAGUUAUUGAUUAUUAUCAAAAUCAUCGUGUUUAUUGGACAGAUGAAAAAAAAGAAUCAAUUGAAUCAAUGAAUUAUGAUGGAACAGAUCGUGUUAUUAUAGCACAUAUUGGAAUACAUGCACCACAUUCAUUAGAUAUAUUUGGAAGUCAUUUAUAUUGGAUUAAUCGUGAUAAUCGUUCAUUAUAUACAAUUGAAAAAUUUGGACGUGGAAUAUCAACAUUUGUUAUUGAUAAAUUAGAAUUACCUUUAUUCGUAAGAAUUUAUCAUCCAUUAAAACAAAUUGAAUCAGGUUUACAUGAACAAAAAAUUAAUAAAUACGAAAAGAAAACAAAAUUGUUUCUUUGUUUUUUAGUAUCAAAUCCAUGUGCAUCGGCUAAUUGUUCACAUUUAUGUGUUUUAAAACCAUUAAAUCAAUAUCAAUGUUUAUGUCCAUUUAAUACAACAAUUCAAGAAGACAGUCGAACAUGUAAUGCACCGAUUGUUGCUGAACGUGAAAGUGUUUUACAAUGUCAUUGUGUAAAUGGUAAAUGUGUUUAUCAUGUUGAUGAAAAUGCUGGACAUCGAUUAAGUGCUUGUCUUUGUUUCCGAGGUUAUAAAGGUGAAUAUUGUGAUACACCUGCUAAAACGCUGCCAAUCCCUAAACAUAUAUUAAAAAUUAUUAUCAUUGCAUUAAUUAGUUUAUUAUUAAUUGCUAUUCUUACUUUUGGUUUAAUUCAAUUGAAGCGUAAAGGAAAAUUACAAUCGAUUCCAACUCCACCAUUACCAUCACGUGUUCAAACAAUAAUGAAUAGUAUUCGUAAUUUUGUUACACGUUCAACAAGUAACAUAAAUUCAGUUCGAUUUCGAAAUGCUCGAUCUACUACAGCAAGAGACCAGUCAACAAUUGAAUCACCACCAGUAUUUGCUAAUCCAAUGUUUGGUGCAACAACAGCAUCUAAUCAACCAGCUCGAUUGGCAACAUCAUCUGAUGAACCUGCUAAAUUAAAUGUUGAAGUUCAACCACUUCCAUCAAAACCAAGUCGAAAGGCUACUCCUGCAUCUCCUCUUCGUCAACAAGUACAUUUUGAUCCUCAAAGCAAAGAAACUGAUCAUGAUAAAGCUAAUUUAGUUGUACGAAGUGGUAGCAGCAAUGCAUAA